UACCUCCCUCCUUGCACCGAGAGCCGAGCCGCCUCUUCCUUUCUCACUCGCAAAAAUGUCGUCUUCCUCCUCGAGCCGAAAGGGUUCGCUUCCGGGACGGGGCGACGGCGGCGGUGGAGGCGAGGGCGUGCUGUCCCGCGUUUCAAGCUCCGUAUCCCAGUCUGCGAUCGUCGCGCGGGGCAGGAUCGCGGCCGCCGAGGCUGCCACCGUGACUAAGAAGCUCCUUCGUAGCACCGGGAAGGCCGCGUGGAUCGCCGGCACCACCUUUCUCAUCCUCAUCGUCCCUCUUAUCAUCGAGAUGGACCGUGAACAACAGCUCAACGAGUUGGAGAUGCAGCAGUCCGCCCUCCUCGGCGCCCCCACCGCCCCGCCGCCCCCAUACGCCGCCGCUGCAACAUCCAAGUGAGAGAAAAACUGGGAGUCGGCGAUCCGAUCCCAUGCUUAGAUCGGUGGUAGUGGUAAUUCCUAUUAGGCAGCCGCAUUUAAUUUGAUGACUAGAACUGCUUUGGUGUUCUUGUUGAACUAAAUUUUAGAUUUCAUGAGGAUGAUGGAGGAUUAUUCUAUUUGGUUGUUUUCAGUGAUUCCUUCUGAUGAAGGUAGAAAUAGUGUCCAAGAAUCAAGAUGAGAUAUUUCAUUGCAUAAAUGAUUGACCAUGGUUGUUAAUCUCUUAACAA